AGUGGAGACCUCGUAAGUUCUGGUUUUGUUAAGUCUUUCAGUUUAGUCUGAAAUGUGACAUUGGCGAGGUGAGACGUAAUUAAGUUGUAAGUUGUGUCGUGUUGUGGAAUAUUAAUUAAAAUUUUAGAUAUAUUUAAAAAAAAAGUUAAAUCGGCAUAGUGUUGUUUUUGCGAAUGGUCGAAUUUCCCAUUUGACUUGUUUUUAUGUGAUAAUGUUUUUGUUAAUAUGCGCGCUAUUGUUUGUAAAAAACAUUGUACUGAUAAAUGCUCAGAUAUCUGUGAUAGGCGAUAGUUGCACCAGAAGUUAUGAUGGCGAGGCAGGUGAAUGCGCCCUGAUUACUCAAUGUCCUUCUGCAAACCGCAUCCUUCAGACCACCGGCAUCAGACCUGAUGUAUGCGGUUAUUCUACGUAUGAACCGAUAGUUUGCUGCGUCCAACAGAGAUACAAUUCUAACUGGAAUUCUAACCGCGAAGGCAACAAAAGGAUCAGCGAACAAAAAUGUGAUGAGUACAGUACUGCCGUAAAACAAACAUUGACGGUUCUGCCAUUGGUGUCAGACCCAAAUCCAAUAUCGUUUACAGUUGAAAAAUGUGAUUACAAUAGCGUUCCUUUGAUCGUUGGAGGAGAAGUCGCAAAAUUGGGCGAAUUUCCACAUAUGGCAGCCAUCGGAUGGACAGAAACUAGUGGGGCCGUAAAUUGGUGGUGCGGAGGCACUUUAAUUAGUCCCGAAUAUGUACUCACAGCGGCGCAUUGUGCAAGCGUAAAUAGUGAGCAACCUGAUAUCGUUCGACUUGGGGAACAUAACUUAAAACAUUCGGACGAUGGGGCCGAUCCCAUUGAUGUUCCAGUCGAUUCCGUCAUCACUCAUCCUAGUUAUCAUUAUCCAUCUAAAUAUAAUGAUAUUGCACUAGUUAAACUGCGGUAUCCAGUUAGUCUUUCCAAUUCGAUCAGACCUUCUUGUUUAUGGGCCAAUGACGAGUUCGACACAGAUAGUUCAAUUGCUACUGGUUGGGGAAAGAUAGACUAUGCUGAGAGCAGAAGUGAUGACCUACUGAAAGUAGUACUGAAAAUUAUUGAUAAUAGGCAAUGCGCUCCCUUAUACGUUGAUCAGAUUAAUAGAAGAAGAUUGAGAAAUGGAAUUGUAGAUACACAGAUGUGUGCAGGAGAAUUGGAUGGUGGCAAAGACACUUGCCAGGGAGAUUCAGGUGGGCCAUUGCAAAUAACAAAACAAAGCAACAAAUGUAUCUUCUACAUAGUGGGAAUAACAUCAUUCGGAAGGGGAUGUGGUGCUCCUAAUAGCCCCGGUGUUUAUACUAGAGUCAGCAAGUAUGUUGACUGGAUUGAAAGUGUUGUUUGGCCAAAUUAAGAGUUUUUAAAUAAUAGUUUCUCUUGGUAAGGAAAUUUAAGGCUCAUUCACUCAAUAAGCAUUUUAAAAUAUAACACCCCAUUAGUAUUUGAUGAAGUGUUUUUAUUACCUAGUUUUAUACCUAAUUUUAAUGUUCAUUUAAUUAA